AUGUUCCAGGGAAUCCUCUCCAACACUUGGGACCCAGUCAAUAACCAUCUUGUCGAUGCUAUUAUCUUCAAAAACAAUCACAAAUCACUCCUGGAAGAUUCGAAAUCUUGCUAUGCUCUCAGAUCUGCUCUUUAUGUUCCAGAAAACGAAAUUCCAAAGUUUGAUGGGAAAAAUUGUGGUUUGUUGGGUUUAAGACUACCGUAA